UGUCCGUGUCCCAUGAACACCAUAAUAAAAAGGGGAUGAUGCAUGCUCACUGGACCUGCAGCUGCAGGCCGUGAAGAUAGAAGCAUCAAGCUGGGCAAGCAGCUAACAAGCUCCGAGUGCAAGCAGCUCUCACUCAAUCGAGGUCUCCCACUCUCACCUCUUCUUUCGCAUGGACAAGGCCACCAUCAUCGCCGCUGCCCCUCCCGCCGCCGCGGGCGUCGCUGAUCCCCGCGCGCCGCCGCCGGAGCAGGAAUCAGCCGAUCAGGCGGCCGCGCGCCUCCAGCGCGCCUGCGCCGCGUGCCUCCGCGCCGCCGCGCUCCUCCUCGCGGGCUACAGCUUCGCCAUCGCGACGUGGCGCUCGCGCCGCGAGCCACGGGACCUGGCGUUCGUCGCCGGGUCCGGCGCGCUCCGGGCGUGCCUCCGGCGUGCCGAGGGCCUGACGCCGGCGUCGCCCGCGGGGGAGAGGCGGCGGCUGCAGGCCUCCGUGUGGGCGCUGUCCACCGCCCUCAGCUGCGCCUUCGCCUACCGCGUGGCCGCGGUCAUGCCGCCCGUGCUGGCGGCGCUCGUCUGGUGCAUGACCGUGUCCGUCGUCCUCACUGGCUUCUUCAUGCUCGUGCUCUGCAAAGGCCAGCAGCAGUACCAAGCCGUGGACAAUGUCGACCGUGACGCUGCCAGAGAAGGCAAACAAUUCGACAAGAUUAGCACUGCUGAUGAAUUGGUGUAAGGAAGUGCUCGCAACAAGCUGACGAUUCUUUCCGGAUGCUCGCCGUAUCCUUAUAUAGCAUAGCAUAGUCAGAACGUUUGUGCAGAGAGAAUUUUACCAACCUUAAAUGGUUGAAUAUUGAUCGUCGUUUCCUGCAAAUGAAUUGGUCAUUUGUAUUAACCUUUUUUAGUUCCAAUUAUAGAAAGUUCACUUCGUUUAUUUGUUUACCAUCGUUGCCUUUAAGGGCACGUACAACGGCGAGCUGAUGCCGUCGUCUCCCAUCGAAUCCAACAAAAUACGUCUUCCGUCUUCCGUGAGCCGAUUGAAUGAAGAGAGAGAAGCGCCGUCGCCUCCUUCGUCGACUGCGGGGGCGCGUGCUCCGAUGGAAGUCGACAGCCCCGAGCGACCGCUGUAGGAUCGGAGGCGAGUCGUCGUCGCCAUCCACAGGGAUCCGAUGCGAGGGCAGGAGUGCGCGCGCCGAAUCGAUUUUGGCGGCAAAUCGAGCGCGCUCUCCACCCUCUACUGCUUCUCCUCCGACUCCCGCGGCGGCCACCACCACCAGGGAUUGGCACCGGCCCGACCACGCCUCCUCCAAGCCCGCCUCCCGGGUCCGCAGCCCCGGGAAGCCCGCGCCGCGCCGCCACGCUCCUCCUCCUCCUCCUCGGCGCCGUGUUCCUCCUCUCCCACCGCAUCUCGCGCGGCCCCGCAGGGACAAUGAUCCAAUACCUCCAGGUGAAGAAAAGAAGGAGCAUGCAAAUACUAUGAAGUGUUUGAGGAGGAAACUAUUUCCUGAAAAUUGAAGUUGGGUUUUAGGAGCUGACAAAUUUAAGUGAGCAGCAACUAAUUUGAGAGGGAAGCGUUUGGAGCUGGUCUUUGAGGAUCUGCUGGAUUUUGGUGAACCGAGCAUCUUCUGCAAAUGUGAACUGAAGUGUGGUGGCAACACAAUGUUAGUGUGAACUGAAGUUAGUGUCUGCAUGUGUGCCGUGGGAAUUCAAGUGUCGUGCUGUCUGCUUGCAUUCCUUUGUGUAUUUUCAUGUAUAUAACUGGCAGUCAGUAAAGUAUUAGAAUAUCUCUAUUCCAUUCUCUACUC